ACACUGUUAAUUUUCAAAAUAUUUAUUAAAAUUACCGUCUAUCAUACGAAACCUAAUCUAAUUUUCUUAAUUUUACAACUAAACAUCUUAUAAUUUGUUUCCAUUCAAUAUAAUUUCUUUCCAUAUUCAAUCCGAUUUCAAAAUCCUUGAUUCGUACGGACUAAUUCGGUACAAAUCAAAGAUCCUAGAACUAGAAACAACCCUCUGUCAAAAAAAAAAAAAAAAAAAAAAAAAAAAAAAAAAAAAUCCUAGAUACAACCCGAUCUUUAAAAAUUUGUAAAAUCAAACAACACCCGUGUGACCACGCAGCCACCGUGGGUGUCAUUCUUUACCAAACUCCCAACCUCCGCCUUUACACCCACUAAUUCCCGCUUUCCACUACUUCCGCGGGACACCGUCUCCGGUGCCUCCGCCUCUUUCUCUACCAUAAAUAACAUAAAACUCAAUUCAACAAAACCCAAAAAAGAAUGAGCAAGAAAAAGUGUAAAAUAACACUUCCAGUAGUAAUGGUAGUUUCUGCAAUCUGCUACAUCUAUUAUGCAACUAUCUUUGUUUUCAUUGAUCGAUGGUUUGGUCUAUUUUCAUCCCCUGGUCUUAUGAAUGCUUUCGUUUUCACUGCGAUUGCUAUCAAUUGUAUAUUUACCUAUGCCAUUGCAAUUGUUCGGGAUCCGGGUCGAGUUCCUUCUUCUUUUACCCCCGAUAUUGAAGAUUCCCAUAAUUCGAUCCAAGAGGUUAAGCGAAAGGGAAUUGCAUGGUCAGAUUUUAAGAGUGGUGACUUAAGAUAUUGUCAGAAAUGCUCCCAUUACAAGCCUCCUCGUGCACAUCAUUGUCGAGUAUGCAAAAGAUGUGUUUUGCGGAUGGACCACCACUGCAUAUGGAUAAAUAAUUGUGUAGGCCAUGCUAACUAUAAGGCGUUUUUUAUCUUUGUCCUAUAUGCUGUAAUAGCAUGCAUACACUCUGCGGUAUUGCUUCUGGGUAGUAUAGUUUAUGACACUGUAAAGGAUGAACAGCAAAAUGAAGAAUCAUCAAGAACUGUAUAUGUGGUAUCAUGUCUGCUUUUAUUUCCUUUGACUAUAGCACUUGGCGUUCUCCUUGGCUGGCAUAUCUACCUGACUCUACGAAAUAAGACUACUAUUGAGUAUUGUGAAGGAGUCAGAGCUAUGUGGCUUGCAGAGAAAGGAGGAGAAGUGUACAGACAUCCUUAUGAUCUCGGUGCUUUUGAAAAUUUAACUUUGGUCCUUGGGCCAAGUGUCUUCAGCUGGAUAUGCCCUACCUCAGGCCACAUUGGUUCAGGAUUACGCUUCCCUACUGCAUAUGAUAAGCUUACUGAAUCAGCAUCAGAAUAAAAGGAAAUGAUUUUGGCUAUGAAGCUAAGUCAUUCAGUUUACAUGGUGUUCCAGGGAGCGCAUAUGGUUUCUUCGUCCAGAGUGUUUUAGAUGCAGCUGCUGAAAUGGCUUUCAUGUCAGUGUCUAAAUGCAAGUUUUAAGGCUGUCGCUACAGAUUAGUCAAAAUAUAUCAAAAGUUGAAUGAUUAUUUGAUAUGGAUAGUUGUCAGUAAAAUCUUCAGUUCUGGAGUUGCACAAUAAUGGAGUCUGAGAGACUAGAAACUGUUUGUGGCUGGUAUACAACUGGAGUCUGGAUAUCACAACACAGCUGAAGCCUUGGUUCCAUUAGUUAGGAGGAUAUUAUUCAUCAUUCAAUUGUAUAACACAAUAGUUUUGUAAAACAAGAAACUUGUAAUAUAUUGGUGUAUUUGUAAUCUGAAAUACCAAUGGUCAUGCAUUUCUUGUUCAUGAAAUGAAAAUAAAGAAGGAUUGAAAUUUAUGAGAGACUAAAAAAAAAAA